GAGAUGGAGGACAUUGAGGAAGAGGAGAAGAGGUACACCCUUUUCCUGGAGCUGCUGGAGGCUGCCAGGAAGUGGGAGGAGUUUCAGCUCCUCAUGCUCCUCCUACAGGCGUGGCCACCGAUGACAAAAGAGGAAGUGGCGGAGACGGAGCGCAACCCUUGGGUGGUCUGGACCUCAGCGCUGCUCUCCCACUGCCAAGGUUCGGAGGUCCAACUGGACCUGGGUGUAGAGGUCACGGCCAUGUGCCGCUCCCUGUACCCCACCAAACACAAGCUGCCUGCCCAGUGCAUCAGACACAUCGCCCGGCUGCUCCUAGACCAGCCUGGACUGCAGCUCUCCUCCCUCAAGCUCAUGACGGAAAGUGGAGAUGAGCAGCUGCUGCAGCUGACCCUGGAUCAGAUCCACAGCAUCUCAGAGGUGAACGCCUCGUGCUGUGACUCGGAGCUUCUCUCCCUCCUGCUGGACGGAGGGCUCCUGGUGGGCUGCGUGUCCUCAGCCCUCUACCCCGCCCUCAGCACCCACCUGCUCUCCAACCACCAGGAGGGGGGCUGGGACGUCGAGCAAGCCGCCGCCAAGCUCCUCCAGGCUGGCCACAAGGCUCAGGCCGGCUCCCUGCUCCUGGCGCACCGUGGGACUCACCAGGGCCAGUUCACCUUCAACACUGCCCUGGCGGUCCUGCACAAGUGGUUCUGAGGGCACCUGGGACUGGACUCUGGCUCUGACGUGCACCUACUGGAUGCUACAGUGGGAGCAGUCUGAAGAUUUCUUGGUUUGGUGCGGAAGUUACAUAAUUCUCCCGGCCGUAUCUGUGUUUGCCAGUACACACACACACACACUCUCUCUCUCACACACAAAAGCACGGUUCAGCAGCUGCUGCUGUCUUUAACUAAUCAGUAAUUAUGUGUGUGUUGUUCUGUGACUAGCUCCCUUAUUAGGACAUUGUCAUUUAACGCUGCCUCUCUUCCUUUGGUUUUCUCUAAAUGAUCAGUUCAUUAUUUUCUUAUAAACAAAUUGGCCCUAAAGCAACCACAUGCUGGGCGCCCAAUUUGCAUGAAUCCAAGCGUGUGCACUAACUCCAGUGACGUAGUUGCACCCUAAUGAAGUGUGUGUAGUGUGUGUGUGAUUGGUGGUAGUUAACAACAGUUUUAGCUUCUUUAGAGCUGGGCUCCUCCCCAUGUUCUAAGACCAAUGAAGAUUCUAUGUAUGUCCUCAGUCAAUCAAAUAAAAACCAAUUCAUUAAACUGAACAACUGGUGGUUGGUGUGUUUGGCGUUUCUUCAUUCCCAGACAGGAAACCCACCAGGGGACUGACUUCCAUUCUUUUAUGUCUACCUCUGUUGGUGUUCUGUUGAAAUUGAUGGUUUUUUGCUUCUUCAAUGAUUGUGUGAAAGUUUUCAACGUGGGCUUAAGGCAAGGGAUUCGGAUGUGGACUUUUCUGAAGCUAUUUUUACUUAAAUGGUUUGUGU